AUAAUUUUGUGUUAUGUGUACAGCAUUGCCCAAAAAUUGUCCUGUGUGUUCGCAUAUAAAUAUUACUUUCGAAUACCUACUCGCAAAAUGUUUACUGCUGUGUCACAGCAGGCUCAUUGUAAAAUAUGAUGAUGAAAACGACCUAAACAAGCUGUAAAGGCUAGAAUAACAAUGUAAAGUUUGAUUCCUAAACGAAUAUUACCGAAAUUUCGACAUUGACAUGUGUAGUUGUGACAAUGACAGAUUGAUCCAAAACCAAAUAAAUACAAAUCUUAACCUAUAAUCAUUCGGUAGUCAUCUAUUUUUCUCUCCUAAAAAACGAACAAUGAAGUAAAACAAUUGUAAUUUUUGCCGGACAUUCUUGUUUACCUUUCUCAUCCCACAGGCACAAUGUUCAGAACUAGGUUAGUAAAUUUCAUCAGAACUGCUUACAAAUCGCACCGUAGAACAAUCGUUACGAGAAUUCGAAACUAUGCUCCUGCAACUAUGGGACUGUUAACAACUGCGUGUUGCGAAGAAAAACUAAAAGAGUUUGAUGUGAUGUGGGAUGAAGGAAGUCUGGAACAUGACUUUUUGAUCCGGCAAGCGACGACUAUCAACGUGAAUGCCGCCACUCAACUCCUAACCGUCACAUUAGUCGCUAUACAAGACACAAGUGAGAGGUUACGAGAAGCCCUUACUCGGGAAAUCUGUCUCGUGAAGCAGGCCCUGGAAUGGGGUGAAGCUGGGACACCCCCUCACCACUGGGACCAGCUGGUUGCUGUCAGGGGAUCUCUUUGUGAUUUAAAACACAACCUUCAUACAUUAUUUAGUUAUAUGGAUUAUGCAGAGAAGUUAGCAACAGUUGCAGCAGAAAUAUCUUAUCUGUCUGGCAAUAUUGCUGCAUCAGAUGCCAUCUGCGAAAGAAUAGACCAUGCAUGCAGGACUUGCAACGCGCAGAAGCAGCUGACACACGAGCUGCAGCAGGAGAGCCUGGAGCUGCAGCAGCAGGCCAUCAUCAGCUCCCCCCAACUGGAGGAUAAACUCAAACAUGAGGCCAAAGACAAAUCUAAACUCAAGUCUAAUAAAAACUGACUAUGAACAGCAAUACUUGUAAAUACUGGCUUAUGAUGCAACACGCCAGCCAAGUUCGCUGGGAGAAGUAACUGGGGAUGAGCUUACAAAGUUUUAUAAUUUGAAUAUUAUGCAACUAAGUCAAGAUUUGCGAAGCAAAAUCAAGAGCAAUUUAAUUAUAGUAGUCAAUUAAUAUAGCAGAUCUACUUGCAAAAUUCCCUGUAAAUAAUAAACUUAGUGAUACUAGACAAUAAGAAGUUUUAAAAUUG